ACCGGGUGAGAAGAAACAAAGACAUGAGAAAAUUGAAAAAGAAUAAGCAAAGAAGAUAUAUGUAUGAGGAGCCGGACCGGAAUUGAGAGGGGGAAAACUAGGGUUCGAAAAGAAAGAACAAGUGGGCGGAGGCGUGGAUGGAGGCGGUGGUUUAAUCGUUGCCUAUGGCAUCAGGGACGAGAUCCGCCGAUCUGGAGAACGAGAUCUGGGGCACAUGGGAGGAGCUACUCCUCGCCUGCGCCGUUAACCGCCAUGGUACCCGCAGUUGGGACUCCGUCGCCAUGGAGAUCCAAGCCCGAAGUCCCUUUUCCGAUCUUCUCACUCCCCAAAGUUGCCGCCAGCGAUACCUAGAUCUCAAACGCCGCUUCGAAUCCGGAGGUGAAGGCAUCAGAGAAAAAGUCGACGCCGCCGGUGGCGGGGGAGAUAGCGGAUCGUCGGCAGAUGUUCCUUGGCUCGAGGAACUCCGGAAGCUACGGAUGGCCGAGCUCCGUCGCGAAGUUGAACAAUACGACGUCUCGAUCACAUCUUUACAAUUAAAGCUGAAGAAUUUGAGAGCGGAGCGAGAGAGGAGCGAAGCCGAUGAGGGAGAACCGGAUCUGAAGGAUAACGAGAUGAAUAAGGACGGCGACUCGCCUGAGCCGGCUCCCGCGGCUUUCGCCAGAGAUCGAAUCUCUGCUGGUGAUUCCGGGGGGUCUUGCAAGGAGUCGAACUCGACGAAUCCAAAGGCAAAGGAAGUGAAGGCCGGCGGAGGUGGAGAGGUAACGGAGCCAGAGAAGACAACGAAAGCUGAUGGCCAUGAUAUGUUGGCUGGACCAGCUCGUGAAGCUUCUUGCAACGGGAGCUCGGAAACUCUAUCGAAAGGGUCGGAAACGGCUGAGCCCGCACCUCCGAUUUUGGGGGAAUCGGGGGAGUCGGUAGCCGGCGAGAAAGAGAGCAGCGAUGUGCAGAGCUCGGUAAGCCUAUCGAGGCGACGUCGUCGGAGGCUGCAGAAAGCGAUUUCCGGCAGUAGCAGCGUGGCCGAGGAGGCGGAGACGGAUGAUGUCUCUCCCGUCGCCGCCAACGCCAACCACAUCACCGCAGCUGAAUCGCAGCCGUUGGCUGCAUUCCUCGAGAUCAUCCGAUCGAGCAAGUACGGAUCCGUUUUCUUGAGCCGGCUCGAGGGUCAGGAAAAUUCGAGAUACCGGAGCAUGAUUAGGAGACACGUGGAUCUGGAGAUUGUGCGUGCAAGGCUGGAGCGAAGGGGAGCUAAAUACUCUAAUGCGGAGUUCUUCCGCGAUCUCCUGCUUCUGUGCAACAACGCCAUCGUCUUCUUUCAUAAGACCUCGCCGGAAUCAACAGCCGCCGUCCAUUUACGGCAGAUGGUUACUAAGGAAAUGACCGCGAUGUUGCCGAAGCCCGCACGUGCGAAAAUGGAGGAGGCAUCGAAGGAGUCCUCACUGCCACUUACGAAGAUGGUUAAUAAAUUAAAGCUGGAUUCGGAUCUCAACAAUCCACUUCCGAAGAAGAACAGGUCAUCAGGUUCCUUAAUUGUUUGCCGGAAGCGUAGCUUCAUCUCCAAGGCAGCAGCCGCUACCGAGGUGGAGGUGGCUGGGAAGCCGGAGAGGGAAAAUGAUUUGGAUUCGGGUCAGAAGGAACGAGAGCGGGAGCGAGAUGUGGACAAACAGAGCAGCAUUGCUAAACCUAAGACGAAGGAGAGAUCAAAAGUAUCGGGAAUGAGGGGCUUAAGGACUAGCAAGAGCCGUGGCGGACCUGCUGGUUCUGGUUCGAGGAACUCCAAGCCAGCUCCUGCACAGAAGCCUAGCCUAAACGCCGAGGAGAUUCCUGAAGCUCCAGCGAAGGUAGAAAAGAAGCCUGUAGCCACUUCAUCUAACCCGACACCAAAGAAGAGGAAUGCUGCUAGCUUUCUUGAUCGUUUGAGGAAUUCAUCUACGGGACCGCUUCUAAACUCACCGAAAACCUCUGGCGGUGGAUCCAGUGGGAAAGGGUCUGAGCAGAGGAGGGUUGGGAAGGGAGAAGGGCGGAAGGAUGCGGCCUCGGCGCAUUCUGAGUCUGGUCAGACGAAGAGGAGUGUAGGACGGCCACCGAAAAGAACGCCGCCAACACCGAGUCCACCGCCGGCAAAGAGAGUAAAGGUAGAAGCGGUAUCGGCGAAACGUCCGCCUGCUCCGCCGCAGAAGAAGCGUGGGAGGAAGUGAACAAGGUGGGAUGGCAUUCAUUGUAAAUUAUAUCCCUUUUGGGGUGUUGUAACGAUUUUUAUUUUUAUUUUUUUCUUUUUGGUUAGUUAUUUCAAAAUGGAAUUAGGGAUUUUACAUCUAAA